CUUACCUGCGGCUGCUUGCCUUCACCUGCCUUUUUCAUGCUGAUAGGGCUCUCUAGUGCUGAGCUCCUCUUGCGGACCUGGGUCGGUUCGGUCGACGCGGGAAUGGAAUGUUGGAAUUCCAGCUCUAGGACCUGGUCUGGACUUGCAUCAAUGGCGCAAUUCCAAGAGAUAGCGAUGUAAUCUACGUGCAUGAUGUUGAUAUUUUACUUGAUAUCUAUGUGUGACCCCCGCCCAGAUAGCUCCCAAUCCUAGCUGCGGGUAGCUAUAUGAUGAUGCCCUGAGCCUAAUUUUUCGGAAACCUUGUUGUUUACCUUCACCUGCUCGGGCCAAUUCACACAUAUCGGCGUCCAGAAGGUUGUUGUCGUCGUGCCACAGCGAAUAUGAGGUUCCAAUCUCAAAUGCAGGUAGCUUUAGCUGCCCUGCCUACCGCGCUCGGCAUUACACCAGAGCUUAUGCUUGCCGCGAACCGCUAUGGCGUCGCCGCACCAAACCCUAGUGGCGAAUUCGCGAUUUAUACGGUUUCAAACUACACGUUCGAGACGAAAAAGCGCGCGUCGCAUUGGAACAAGCUCGACUUGAAGACCGGCGACAUCUCCCUCUGGCACGCCGGCUCUGACAUUUCAGAAGUUGUAUUUGUCGGCCCAACCCCGUCAAGCAUCAUAUACGUCAACGGUACCAACGCCGAAGAUGACGGUGGUAUAAGUUUAUACUCUGCGGAUGCCAACUCCCUAGCUGAUGCCAAAUUGAUCGCUUCAUUGCCUGCGCCAUACUCGGGACUCAAAGCCGUUCAGGUCCCAUCCGGCGAUAUUCACUUUUUAGUGUAUACCAAGGCAUUCCCUAACGGCACUGCAUACAACGCGCAAACUGCAAGCGCAUCUGCUAGCUCGGCUAGGAUUUAUACGUCAACCUAUGUUCGACAUUGGGACACAUGGCUCGACAAGGAAAAGAACGCUGUCUUUGGCGGUGUGCUGAAAGGAGCUAAUGGAUCUUAUUCCUUCUCCGGCGAGUUGACCAAUUAUAUCUCUGGAAUCUGCAAUAUUACGUGUGCCGAAAGUCCUUACGACCAAAGUGACGAGAGCGACUACGAUAUCUCACCUGAUGGCAGCAGCGUCGUCUUCCUAACGAAGGAUCCUUCGCUCCCAUUGGCCAAUUUCACUACCGAUGUAAUCUACACGGUGCCGUUCAACGGCACUUCGAAGGACGCAAAGGCGAUUAAUGCCCGGGGAACUACCAAGUACCUUAAUGCCGAAGGUGCUGCUACGAGUCCCAGAUUCUCUCCCUCGGGAAAGCAUAUUGCGUAUUUCCAGAUGAAUGGGAUAUCAUACGAAUCGGAUCGUAAUAUCCUUUAUGUUGCCAAUGCGGACUCGGAUGACUUCAACGUAACAGCUCUUGCUCAUGACUGGGAUAGAUCACCCGAUAGCUUGGCAUGGUCAAAGGACUCGGAAACGAUCUUCGUCGCCGCUCCUGACCUCGGCCGAGAACGCAUAUUUCCAGUUCCCCUCACCGCCGGCGACUCGUACACGCCCAAGAAUAUUACGAAUGAAGGAGUACCUUCCGGCUUCUAUGUCUUGCCUGACGACUCGAUCCUUGUGUCUGAUACUAAGAUAUGGACCAGUCGUGAUAUAUUCACCAUCUCGCCCGAAGGUGACGUCGUCAAGACCUACUUCCAAGCCAAUCUAGUCGAUCCCGCUCUGAAGGGAUUGAAGCCUGAGGACGUGUCCGAGUUUUACUAUUCCAGCAACAGUUCCGAAAUUAAGCAGCAGGCCUGGAUCGUCUAUCCGGAAGGCUUCGACGAGAGCAAGACUUAUCCAUUGGCGUUCAUCACUCAUGGUGGUCCCCAAGGCGCGCAUUUUAACUCUUGGUCCACGCGGUGGAACUUCAAGGUUUGGGCGGAUCAAGGUUACGUCGUCAUCGCACCAAACCCGACAGCCAGUUCAGGUUGGGGUCAAAACUUGACAGAUGCCAUCCAAGGGAAUUGGGGAUCGUACCCGUACUGGGAUUUGGUGCAUGUGUGGGACUACGUCAACGAGAACCUGAAGUAUGUUGACACGGAAAACGGUAUCGAAGCUGGCGCGUCCUUUGGUGGAUAUAUGACCAACUGGAUCCAAGGACAUGAACUUGGGAGACGAUUCAAAGCUUUGGUGACGCACGACGGCAGCACGUCUACUCUGAAUCAGUACGCAAGCGAGGAGCUAUGGUUCAUGAAUCACGACUUCUCUGGCCCAUUCAACCAAACCGGAUUCCUGCCCGGAUCGCCCUAUUAUGAGUGGAAUCCGUUACUGUACGUGGAUAACUGGGCAACGCCGCAUUUCGUGGUCCACAACUCCCUGGACUUCCGACUGCCUGUUAGCGAAGGCAUCCUCCUCUUCAACAUGCUCCAGACCAAGGGCGUACCAAGCAAGCUACUCAACUUCCCUGACGAGAACCAUUGGGUCUUGAAGCAGGAGAACAGCUUGGUCUGGCAUACCGAAAUCUUCAAGUGGAUUAAUUACUAUAGUGGUAUUAGUAAUGCUUCGAGUCCUUAUUAGGACCGAAUGUAGAUAAUCUGGGAUAGAAACUUUCUCGAAUCCCGUAAUACCUAAUUCAAUUAGACAUGAUUGUCAGAUGAAGCGAUUUUGUGUGUGUAUGUGGCGUAUAUGUGUAUGUGUAGGGUGCCAUCAAACAGGUGACUCGUUACGAUGCAUGAUGUGACGGACGGAGAAA